AUGCAUGCCUUUUGGAGAGCGCCUUGGAUGAAAUCCAAAGUCGGCGUGAGCGACGACCAGCGUGACCAUCUACUCCCUGAAAAUCGGGAUGACGACCAUCGGCUGGGAAAAGGAACUCCUUCACGGGUUGCCAACACUCAAGAGCGCUAUGUUGGUUUUGGCAUCGGGGGUGCUGGCAAUAUUCGCAGGUUUGAGUCCUUUAGUUGUUUUCAGCAUGGUGUUGGUGUCUUCAGCCGUGAAGUGCAGGAAAUCUUCGUCUCAGUUAUGCUCCUUUCUGUCUACACCGACAUCGAUGGGGUCUGCUGCAGUGCUGCAAGUAUGGCAUUACAUACUGCAUUUCUCUGGAGAUUAUUCUCGCUGUUCUGCCUUUGCGCCUGGGCUACCGCUCAGAAAGCGAGGAUUAACUUCGUUCCAGGGUUGGAUUCUAACCUAACGCCAGAGUAUAGCCCUCCUCGUCCAUCAGGGAUUCCUUUUACUAUCCAAAACUACGCCGCACAACCAUGGCAUGAUCUGAUCAAUGUCACCCACGGGGCGAACAAACCGGCCGCGAGCUGCGCAGUUUCCUCAGGGUCUUCUAAAUUUUGGUACGAGGAAAUCGAGCACAACGGGCAGUCGUCAUUUCUCGUUCCGGGAUACAGAGACAACUACAAAGUGUUUCGAAAUGUAGUCACCGACUACGGUGCCGACAAUACGGGGCAGUCAGACGCAUCGUCCGCUAUCCAGAAAGCUAUCAGAGAUGGUCCCUCUGGAGGACCCGCGCGAGAUGAAAAAGCAAUGGGGUCGACUGGUCAACCCGCCAUUAUUUACUUACCGGGGGGUACUUAUUUACUAGGAGCCGCUCUGCAACUCUACAUUGGGACUGUCUUGAUUGGAGACCCAACCAAUCCUCCCAUUUUAAAGGCGACACCCGGCUUUUCUGGCGACCAUAUCAUAUAUGCAAAAGAUCCGAACUUUGGCGGAACGAUCAACUUUUACAUAGGGAUCAAGAACAUUGUGCUGGACUCAACGGGCCUCGAUUCUACCUUGUCAAUGAAUCUGCUUGAUUGGACCGUCAGCCAAGCGACUCAACUGGCCAAUGUUGGGUUCAACAUGCCACCCGCUUCCCAGCAUGUUGGUCUGACCACCCAAUACGACUAUAAUAGCAAUAUCAUAUUGCAGAACGACUUAUGGUUCAACGGCGGGAGCAUUGGGAUGAAGCUCAGUGGACAGCAGUGGGUGAUCAAAAAUACCGUGUUUGCCGGGACCACUACAGGUAUUGUUGCAGGAGGAACAGACAUUAUUCUCCUAGGGUGUCAGUUCAGCAAUGGCAAGACAGGCAUCGAUGCCACCGGCACAUCUGGUUCUCUCACUGUGAUCGACUCUAGCGGCUCAGGACUAGAAAGCUUCUUAAUAUCCAGCACUCCUAAUGGCGCGGGAAACGCAAUCAUCUUGGAGAACAUCCAGAAUACAGGAACCACAGUGAACCUGGGUGGGCAGGCUGUCGUGAGCGGGAGCGUUCCAAACACUUGGGUCCGCGGAGACAUGUAUGCGGCGGGAAGCCCAAACAUGCAGCGAGUCAACGGGCAGACGGUGACUACACAACGAUCAUCGGCACUUCUAAACGGAACAAAGUACUUUACUAAGUCCCCCCCGACAUUUCAGGAAUUCUCCAAGGACCAGGUCCUGAAUAUCAAGUCUGUUCCGGGUAGGCAGGUCUAUGGAGAUGGAGCAACCGAUGACACCCAGAAUAUCAAUGAGAUCCUGGCUGAAAAUGCCGACUGCGGCGUAAUCUACUUUCCCGCUGGGACUUACAUGGUGACUGAUACCAUCUUUGUCCCGACCGGAAGACGCAUCGUUGGUGAUCCUUACGCUUCAGUCAUUAGCGGUGUUGGUGCAAAAUUCCAGGAUCCGAUGUCGGUUCGUCCUAUGGUCAGAUUCGGAUACCCUGGGGAUGUUGGCGUCGCUCAGGUCAGCGAUAUGUUGUUCACGGUCGGAGACAUCCUUCCCGGAUGUAAAAUUGUCAGUCCUCCAGACUCAAUAGGUUCCAUCGCUAACCAUACCCAGGUCGAAGUAAACAUUGCUGGCUCGAAACCCGGCGAUGUCGGUUUCUGGAAUAGCCAUAUUCGAAUCGGCGGCGCCGUGGGAAGCAAAGUCGAAAGCCAAUGUGCGGGUAGUCCAGACAAAUGCAAAGCAGCUUGGGCUGCCCUUCAUCUCACAAGCACGUCCUCUGCUUACAUUGAGAAUAUGUGGGGAUGGACGGCAGAUCACGACCUUGACGGCAGCAACGGACAGACCAUCUCCACAGGGCGAGGCGCCCUCGUGGAAGCGACAGCUGCUACCUGGCUUGUCGGAACGGGAUUUGAACAUCAUACGCUGUACCAGUACAACUUUGAGUAUGCGCGCAACGUGUUUUCCACAAUGCAGCAGAGCGAAUCGGCAUACUGGCAAGGCCCGGGUAACAUGCUAGCCCCUGCCCCAUGGCAAGAUAACAUGAUUCCAAGCGACCCGAAUUUUGCGCAAUGUGCUGCAGACGAUGCUCUGUGUCGGAUGGGGCUGUUUGAGCGGAUCCAUGCUUCUUCAAGUUUGUUCCUCUAUGGUGGGUGCAAUUGGGUGUUCUUCAACAAUAAUAGUGACUGCAACGCGCCCAGCGGGAAAUGCCAGAAGAAUGCUAUUCAGAUCACGGACUCAUCGGCGGUUUAUCUCUAUGGGACAAAUACCAAGAGUACAAUCAACAUGGUGCUCAGUGGAAACCAGGCGAUCGCGACGGAGGAUGAAAAUGCCGGUGGCUGGGGAGGAGUCAUUGCCGCUUAUCUGUACUCCGUUUGACGUUGCGAGUCCCAACAAGCGGUGGAUGUUGUAUGAUAGAAAUUCUCUUCUCUGUCAUACUAAUGCCAGAACUGGAAGGGGUUGAGGCAGGCCACCCAAGGGCUACGACUCACUGCUCUGCGGCAGCCAUCGACGUGGAUGGAGAGGGCAGCAGCACAUGCUAAGCUCAGAUGUGUCUUAAUAGCUUAAAAUAUUGCUCGCAGUACCAAAAAGACAAUGUCAGAUUUUGAACAC